CAGCUGGUGGCAGAUCACCUGAGCAUCCUGCAGGUCCCAGCCGUCGUCGCAGACCGUGCCCCACCUGUGCAGGUGCAGCAGCUCCACCCGCCCCGAGCAGCGAUCGGGGCCCUCCCGCAGCUGCAGGGAGCCCAGUGAUGACGUCACCGAGUCUGGGGGGACAGGUGAGACAGGGCCGCGCCCGGCACUGCUCCAGGUGCCCCUCGUGCCCCGCGCACUUCACCUCGUCCAGCCAGAUGGGCCCCUCCCCCUCGCCGUACCUGGCGCCGGGGGCGAGCGCCCGCAGCCGCCCGCAGCCCACCUGGGCGCAGGUGACCUCGCCCUCGGCCACGCCCCAGCCGUCGUCGCACACGGUGCCCCAGGUGAGGUUGUGCAGCACCUCAACCCGCCCCGAGCAGCCGUCGGGACCCCCCUGGAGGCGCACGGAGACCCCCGGGGGGGACGGGGACACACCUGGGACAGGGAAAGGGAACAGCGGCUUUUCCAGGAAGAAAACCGGGACAAACCCAGGAGGGUCCAGAGGUUCCCCCUCCCCCAGCCCCGGCACGCGGAGGGGACACCUGAGGGGGCCGCACCUGGUUCGGGGGGGCAGGAUACACCUUCUCACCUGUGACGUCAUCUGUUCUAGACAUACAUUCUCACCUGUGCAGGCCACACCUGUGCCCACCUCAGCCCCUGCUGGGACCUCACCUGUGCCCAGGUGUGCACUCCCGACAUGAGGCUCCUUUACCUGCAGAGCCACCUGGGGCUGCUCCUCUACCUGUCCCUGAACGGUCCCGCCCUGGCCCCACCCUCACCUGUCCCGCUGCGCCUGGUGGGCGGCCCCGGGCGCUGCGCGGGGCGCGUGGAGGUGCUUUACCUGCACAGGUGGGGGACGCUCUGCGGCCACACCUGGGGCCUGGCCGAGGCUCAGGUGGUCUGUCGCCAGGUGGGCUGUGGCCCCGCCCUGUCGGCGCCAGGUGGGGCCCACUUCGGGCAGGGGGAGGGGCCAGUGUGGCUGGACCGGGUCACCUGCACGGGCACCGAGGACCACCUGGGUGAGUGCCAGGUGGGGCCCUGGGGAGACACCAGCUGUGAGCACGGCGCUGACGUGGGCGUGGUGUGUGCAGGUGCGGAGGCGGCGUCGCAGCUCCAGGUGCGCCUGGCCAACGGCUCCAGCGCCUGCGCGGGGCGGGUGGAGCUGUUCCGCGAGCACAAGUGGGGAACCGUCUGCGACGACACCUGGGACCUGCAGGACGCGCAGGUGAUCUGCCGCCAGCUGGGCUGCGGCCACGCCCUCGCCGCGCCCGGCCACGCCCACUUCGGCCGGGGGGCGGAUCCCAUCUGGCUGGACGGCGCCCACUGCACAGGUAGGGAGCAGGAGCUGGCGCAGUGCCAGCUGCACACCUGGGGCGAGCACGACUGCAACCACGGCGAGGACGCGGGCGUGGUGUGCACAGGUUCCACCCCCCUGCAGGUGCGGCUGCGGGACGGCCCCGGGCCCUGCGCGGGGCAGGUGCAGGUGCUGCACAACCACACCUGGCUGGGCGUGUGCGGCCGCACCUGGAGCCUGCUGGAGGCACAGGUGGUGUGCAAGGAGUUGGGCUGCGGCCCCGCCCUCAGCGCACCUGUCGGCGCUCCCCUGGCCCCGGGGGUGGCGCUGGAGGGUCUCACCUGUCGGGGCUCUGAGAUGCUGCUCCUGGAGUGCCUGAGGGAGGGGGCGGGGCCGGGCACCUGCCACGCAGGUGGGGCUGCCCGAGUGGCCUGCGAGGAGCUGGAAGACCUGCUGGGCUCGUGUUCGGUGCUGGAGGGGCUGCUGGGGGUGGUGGGGGGGCUCUGCGGGGUCCUCCUGGGGCUCUACCUGUGGGCCAGGUGUGCCGGGCAGGGCCGGCACUUCACAGACAAGCCCCUGCUCCAGAUGCCAGAGGAAGCUGGGACCUCACCUGAGCCAUAGGAGCCCCCCCCAGAAUCACCUGGGACCAGCCCAAAAUAUCUUGGGACCCCCCAAAAAUACCUGGGACCCCCCAAAAUCACCUGGACCCCCCCCAAAUGACCUGGGACCCCCACACACCAAAAAAUGCCUGUGACCUGUUCUAGGGGUCUGUUGGAUACUGGGGCUGUACUGGGAGGAUACUGGGGCCAUUCUGGGGGGAUACUGGAGGGGGGCCACUGGGGCCAUACUGGGGAUCUGUAACCUCCCUAAAAUACCUGUGACCCUCUCAAAAAACCCAUGACCCCCCUCAAAGCAGCUGUAACUCCCUAAAAUACCUGUAACGCCCCUAAAAUAAAAACCAGUAAAACCCGG